AUGUUGGGAGGCAACUAUGACAACCCUUUACCGCAGGAUAGCCAGUUUCAGUAUCAGUCAAACACUUCCCUGAAUCAGCCUCAAUUGGUUGGAACCAUGAACGCUGGUUGCACUAUUGAUCCUAUAAACUACUUUGCUAAUGAUAACCUUGCUCUGAUGACUCGGAAUAAUAGCAAACGCGCUAGGGAAACCGAGAUCAUACAGAGACAGCAGAAGCUGCAGAUCUCUUUGAACUAUAACUACAACAACAAUAGUGUUGUUCAAGAUGAAGCCCCAAAGCACAACUUAGUGUCAACUGGUCUGAGACUAUCUUAUGACAACGAUGAGAGAAACUCUUGUGUAACUUCUGCAAAUGGAAGCGUCGCAACUCCAAUGUUUCAGUCACUCGGUGACAGUAUCAAGUUGGACUUUGAUAGACAGAAAGACGAGCUUGAUCAGUUUAUCAAAAUCAGGGGGGAUCAACUGGCGAAGGGUGUGAGAGAUAUAAAACAGAGACAUGUCAGAUCUUUUGUCACGGCCUUAGAGAAGGAUGUGUGCAAGAAGCUUCAAGAGAAAGACCAUGAGAUUGAAAGCAUGAACAAGAAGAACAGAGAACUCGCAGAGAAGAUAAAACAAUUGGGGGCUGAGGCUCAGAACUGGCAUUAUAGGGCAAAGUACAAUGAAUCUGUGGUUAAUGCCUUAAAGGUAAAUCUGCAACAAGUGAUGGUGUCACAUGGAAAUAACAUUGGAGGAGGUUUAUUAGCUGAUCAUCAUCAUCACGUUGAAGAAGGGUUUGGGGAUAGCGAGAUUGAUGAUGAGGCAGCUUCAUACAACUACAUGAACAUCCCAGGGAUGCCAAACGCUGGGAUGAGAUGCAAGUCCUGUAACGUGAAGGAGGUUUCGGUCUUGCUUGUGCCUUGUAGGCACUUGAGUUUGUGUAAAGACUGUGAUGUGUUCACUGGUAUUUGUCCGGUUUGUCAUUCUUUGAAAACUUCUAGCGUCCAGGUCUUUUUCACAUGA